GCCUGCAAUCAAGAAUGAUUACAUUCAACUAGACUGCAGCUGUUUCCAUGGUUAGUAUCCUUAUUGCCAUUCGCUAGCGAGCAUUAUAUCACUCUCGAGCAGCGCAAUUGAAAUACUUCAUCAUCCUAACAGAUUCUAAUACAACAGAAUAUAAAAUGUUCCAACCAAGUGAGAAAGAAGAGAUCAAAAUAUGGGUAGAGGACAAUGUUAUCCCAAAAGUGGCGCAGAAACUCCACAAAAAUUACUCAAAAUCUGACACCAUUUUAAAUCUCUCCUACCCUGAAGGUUUUUUACUCCUUUCUGCUGUAAUUUUCGCGGAGGUGCGCUUCAAUAAUUCAAAUUCAAAAGAGAAAGACGAAGUAGUGCAAUUAGUAAUAAAGCGACCUUCACUGUUAGAUUCAUUUAACAACAUCAUGCAUUUGGACGCGUUGUUCCACAAUGAAAUCCUGUUCUACGAAAAGUUUUCGCAAAGUGACAGUGUAAACGAAAGUGAGUUUCCGCGAUGUUUUUUAACCGCUGAAGACCUAAAAAAUCCUGCGGGAAUGAUAAUAGUGAUUGAGAACAUUGUAAAUCUUGGCUACAAAAUGUGUUUAAAAAGUUACGACAUACCUUUCGAGUACGUAAUUGCAGCCAUGCAAGCGAUAGGACGUUUCCACGGAAUGAGUUAUACAAUGAAGGUGCGUCAGCCGGAAAAAUUUGCGGAAAUAGUUGGCAAUCUUAUGGAGUAUCGCUAUUCCCCUGGAGAAACCUUUGGAACGUUCAUAAAUUUGGUGUCAGUGAGACCUGUCGAGUACUUGCGGAAAAAGAACUAUGAUCCGGUUUUUCUUGACAAAAUGGAGGGUUUUCUUUCCAAUGCAUUUGAUACCGUAAUGAUGAAAGCGGUAACCCCCAAAGAACCUCUUGCGACGCUGUGCCACGGUGAUUUCACCAGAAGCAACAUUUUCUUCCGCGAAAAAAAUGGCAGUUUGGAAACUAUGUUAAUUGAUUUCGCGAUGCUCAGAUAUUCCUCGCCGAGCAUUGAUGUGUCCACGUUUUUGUACUUGAAUUGCUCGACCAAAGACAGGAAUGAGCGAUUCCCAGAAAUUUUCAAGGCUUACUACAACGCUGUUAUUGGUUACCUGAAGGAGCAGAAGAUUGAAGAUUUGGAAAACUAUUCAGAGAAGAAUUUCAUGGAAGAUUACAAGCGUAAUGCGAUGUUUGGGUUCGUUAUUGCGAUGUUUUUCUUGCCGGUGAUUCGCGGAAUCUCUAAAGUCACUCCCGAAGAGGUAAAAGAGUUUGACAACGUAAAAAUGGCGAUGAUGACCAAGGAAGCGGGUGGUGAUGCUUUUUCAGAAGAAUUGGCGGGCAUUCUGGUGGACAUGCGGAACCACGGGUAUUUGGAGCACGUACUGCAAGUUUAGGAUGAAAAAUGCUGUCAGUUGAUGGUGAUGCACUCAAUAUUUUUUUGGGUCGUUGGAAAAUGAUAGAUGGCACUUUUUUUCGGAAUAUUCGUGUCACGUCGAUUAUUGGUGACAGACGCAACUAACGGACCAGAAAAGGAGAGAUGGUUGCCGCUUACGUGACUACGUUAAUAUUAACUUACGUAAUAUAACCUUCAAUGUGUAGUUAUAUGUGCAUGUGUGUCAGUAAGAGAUCGCGGAAAUUUGAAAACGUCGUAUAAAGCGAUUGUGUUUGAUAAAUGAUACCAAUGUCAUUAUAGUGUGAUUGGUUUUGUAGAACAUAAGAUGUAUAAGGAAUUUUCUUGGUUGAUUUAUUCUGUUUUUUUACACUGAUACAACGAUUUAUUAACUAUUUAUAAUUUAAUUUAUUUGA